AGUAGAGGUGCCGCUCAUUUUCGUUCGCUCAUUAAAAAGAGCCGCUCUUUUGAACGGCUCUUUCGCUCUUUUUCAAAAUAUGGAUGAAAAUGAUAUUUUGUAGGCAUGGUACGAUUUUAAAGCUAUUUAACAUUGGAAUAAUAUAAAUAACUAAUUUGAAAAAAAUAACUAAAACGAGAAGAUGCCCUUGAAAACCAUAGGCCUUAACGGUCUUAUUGUCAACAUUUCUACUCGAACCUAAACGUUCGAAUAAUUGAAUGGCAUCCAAAGUUAAAUUUGGAGAAAUUACUUUUAAUUUUAAAAUUGCGUAUAUUUCUGCCAAAAUUGAACUAAUGCUGAUAUUUUAUUUAGAGAAAAAAUUCUGUUAUCUCUUUUCGACAUUUUGAUUUGAACUACAAAGUCUAUGAGUUUAUUCGGGCAAGAGGAUUUAGUUUAUUUCCAAAAUCUCUAAGCUAUUUUGUAGACUUUUGGUAUUAAUUUACAAGGUAAGCUAUUUGAUAUGCUGAAAUUUGUAUUCGGGUAAUACUUUAAUGUACGAUAAGUAAAAUGAAAAGUAUCGUCAUUUUGUUUAGAAUAUCAUUUCCUUUGGAAUUUUAAAAAAAUAGGAAGCUGAAAAUAUGAGCUUGAAAACUAUUUACUUGUUUUCAAAUAUUGUCUUCAAUGCUUUUGAGAGUCUUCAAUUACACGCAGAAAAAUGUUUUGUAGAAUCAGCCUGUACGAGGUUUGAAUCAACAAAUUUUUUGUUGAAUAUAAUCAACGCCGAUUUUGCGUUGAAACAAACCUUGAUAUUCUCGAUUCCACAAAAGUCUUUUGUUGAUUCGAAAAAGCUGCUUUGACGUUUAGCGUUGAUUCAACAAAAAUAAUUAUUUUCAAAUCAACAAAACGUUUUGUUGAUUUAAAUAUGCCUUAUUUUUCUGCGUGUAUAUAUUGAUGAGAAAGUUGUUAUCGACCUUCGAUGAAAUAUGACGAUUCAGCUCUGAAAAUGACGGGAAAUAGCCCCUCUUUAACCUGCCUAUUUUUAUCCUAAAGUACCGUCAUCAGGGGUGACAUUGGGUCUGGGGGGUGAGAUUGAGUCAUACAAAAAUGUCGAAAUUUGUAUGACCCAAUUGCACCCUUCAGACCCAAUGACCCUGAUGACGGUACUCGAAAAAGUACACCUAGGAACAAUGUUGGGAUACUUUUUAUUAGUGUUGAAAUAUUUGAAAUUAUAUUUUCAAUGCUCAAAAACAAAUUUAACACAACAAUUUGUUGAAAAUUCAAUCAAACGGAACGGUUCUUUCAAAAGACCGGAGUUUAAAAAAGAACCGCGGUUCUUUUUUUGUGAGCCGUGGUUCGUUCGCUCUUUUUAAUGAACCGGCUCUUUGAGCGGCUCGCUCUUUUUUUGCCCACCUCUAGUUCCAAGGGUUCCAAUCGAGCAACAAGACAAGGUCAACAAGGCACCAAAGACAAACUACAAUUUUUUCAACCUUAAAUUUGAAUGACUUUGGUUGAUUGAAAUUUCUCCCAGAACAUUUCAUUUCCCUGUGGGACCAUCCAUAAACCACGUGGACACGUGGGGAGGGGGGUCGGCGGUUGUCCACGCUCCAAUUUUCCACGAUGGGGAGAGAGCGGGGUUGAUAUUACCAAAAAAGUGUCCACGUGAUUGUAUUUAUGGAUGGUCCUAUUUAUAGGUCCCUAAUUUUGAUUGUUGUGAAGCACUUCUAUUGAGAGAGAAAGUAUUUUAUUCUAUCCAGAUGCUGUGCAACUCCUUUCCUUACGCUUUGUGCGCUGUGUAUUGCUUGAACCAGAGUCUAUAUUUUUUUUGUCCAGAAGCGGUAAGACAACUCUGGAGCAACAUUUGAAAGGGGCGGUACGACAUUGCUCUUACGGUCUUUCAUUACACGCGUUUAAAUGGGACGAAAGGUCAAUAUCGUACCGUCCCUUUCAAAUGUUGCUCCAGAACUCUGGUUUCUGGCAAGACAAUUCGACGUCGUCGUGCUAUCUUGUCGCACCCGCCAUUUUGACGUUCCGAGAAAAACGCGUUUUAAUGUUUGACCUUGAAUAUACAAAAACGAGUGCACGCAAUGUAAACAAUAACAAUCACGUUUUGUUUGGCUGACCAUUCUGUGCAUUGUCCCGAAGUUUGGUUGAAGUUGGUUGCUGGAGUCCCGAGUUAUAAUUACAAAUGUUUACGGUAGUCAAGCUUGUACGUGCGACAAACGCAUCCUGACUUUCCUGGCCUGAAAUCCCUUUGGCCUUUUGUCGCACUUACAUCAAUUUUCAUGGAGUGACAAGAUAGCACGACAAGAUUGAAACUACUUUCAUAUGUGAAGUGACAAAAAUGCACGGAGUUUUUUUGGUUUUUGUUGAAUAUCUCAGGAUCGGAAUCGAAUUUUGGGGAUCUGUGCAGGUCAAAAGGUGAGGCAUUUUGAGCUGCACAAAAUGGCGUUCUUAACUCAAUUUGGCCCAAAAUGCACGUACGACAAGUUAGCACGAUGGCGACGAAUUGUCUUUUGUGACACCAUCGAGUCGAUCAAAUCGGCCAAACCCCUUUUGGAGCAUCACAGCGCGCAGCAGUCAUAGCAGCCGAGCAACAAUAACAAGUGUGAAAUCAUCCCCUUUACGUUUGCACUCUGUUAAUAAAGAUAUUCAAUUUUGUUUAUAGAAACUCUGCGUUUGCUCCGGGACUCCGGGAUAAUUUCAAACAGUUCUUCAAACAAUCCUGCUUUUUCCACGAUCAAGAAAAAGUGCCCGAGUAGUGCGUCCAUCCCGGGAAUUCCCGGGACAAAAAUCCCGGGAUUUUUCCAAAACCGGGAAAUCCCGAAUCCCGGGAUUUUUCAUAUUUUGUCCCGGGAAUUCUGAUUUCCAAAUUUAUUGCUCUAAAAUCUCCUGUACCUAUUCAGACUGCAGUCCCGAUUAUCCGCAGUUGGUUGAUUGGUGGUGAAUAAUUUUUAAAAAAUGUUUUUAAAUAUAAAACAUAAAAUUCUAAACUUAUCCAAAGUGUUACAUUCCCUGGGCUUUGUCAUAAUGAGUGUCAUAGGUUUGAUGCUUGUUUGGCAAAGAUUAUGAAUUGAUCCGAUGUGGAAUUAAAAUCGAAGUUUUCAGUAUAUUGCUGAAGCUUCCAUUUUUACACUUGGACACCACUUCAUGCUGCGAGAACCCACUUUGGCGCAGUCUCAGGGCUUAAUCGAUGGCCGGUAAGCUGUCAUCGAGACAAGGAGGUUCUCCGAUAGUGGAAAUAUCACAUUUGUACAAUGAACCGCUACAUAUGUGAUUUUCCCUAUCUUAAAGUGGGUGUCAGGUUAGGAUGCGGGUUUUUAAAAAAAUAGUUUUCGUAGAAUUUAGGAUUUUAACUAUAAAUAUCAACUUUUUAUACUUUGCCUUUAGUUAUUUAGGGGCAAAAUUAGUAAUAGUAAAUUUAGUAAUUCUGUCAGAAUCGGUGAUUUUCAUUCGAGUAGCAUAAAAACCAUUCUGAUUUGUCAAAAUUUCCAUAGAGUCUCGAUCAAUCAGUAGUGGAAUGAUAUCGGACUAAAUUCGUUGAUCUGUUGAACUAACGGUUGUCGGAUUAUGAUUGUAUCGACCAUUGUUGCGAAUCGAGGAUCUACUGGAAUUCUGGCGAUCAAAUGGUCGUCUCUUUUUCAAUUCACGACUUGUAAAAUAUGAACUGUUAUUAUUUUUUUUUGUUUUGUUUUUUUUUUUUUUUUUAAAGAAGUCAGACAGGUUUUACAAGAAACUUUUUUUUUGCUAUUAAUUAAAUUGUCGGGGAUUUGAGAUAAGAGUAGCUUUCGGAUAGCUUGCUUUAAAUCUUGUAUUCAAUUCAAGUUAGGUAGUUAUCCGUAAAUGAAAAUUAGGACUUAUAUGAAUAAUUGAACAUUUUGGACUUAUGAACAACACACAACUGUGCAUUUAUUCUAGAGUCAGAUCCAUACAGCGUCAGUGUUUAUUUGGUCGAAGUGUACUAAUUCAUUGGCAGAUCUGAUUCUAGUUGUAAUGUACGACAAGACUACUGACGGACGCGACAGGACGAGGGCCCAGUUUAGAGGUUUCAACAUCAACGAUGUGCGGGUGGAUCACCCUCCCAAAAAAAAAAAAAAAACUUAUCCAAAGUGUUACAUUGUCUGGUAUAAUGUUAUUUCUUAUUGUUUUAGACUCUUUCAAUGAAAUUGUAUAAGCUUUUGUAGUUAUAUUAUAUAAAUAAAAAAAAUAAAAGAAAUAUAUUCAAAAUUCUGGUUCAAUUAAAUUCCAAAGCACAUCAAAGAACACUUUUUUUUAUGUGUUUUAAACUAUCUAAAGACUGCUGUCCUUGUUCAGAUUGAAGUGUAGCUUAUCACCAUUAACAGUUUUGAGCUAAUUCUAUGAUUUAAGCCAGAAAAGCGUAACAAAUAUAAUGAAAACAUCGAUUUUAUGACCGCUGCAAAAAUUUCCCGGGAUCCCGGGAAUUCCCGGGAUCCAAAAAAUAUUUUUCCCGUUUCCCGGGAAAUUCAAAACCCGGGAAAAUUGGACGCCCUAUGCCCGAGUCGUAAUUUCAACUCCCUCAUUUAAGGUACAUUUAAAUGUUGAACAAACCUGAGUCUUGUACAACACCAGUAAUUUGUAAUAAGUGCAUGAGCUAAGCGUCGAUCCAUUUGCGUGAAAGAGGUUUUGGGUGACUCGCCACACAAAACCUUCAGAUGCCUAGAAAUUAGCAAAAACUUGCAACAGAGACCACAAAAGACCCAGGGGUCGUUAAAGUGGAUUGCUUUGCUUUGCAUGAGCUAAGCAAUGUUGCAAUACAGUCCAGACUCGAUUAUCCCUUCGAAAAAUUUACUUAGAAUAAGACCGACCAACAAAAUAUUGGCGCAUUCCCAAUUCGAGGGGAAGUGUGAACUUUUUGGUUCCCAGAAACGCCAGAGCCGAACGACUUUUCUCCAAUGUUUGUAUGAAAAUACAAUGUGGAGUACUGGACACCGAGUUGCGGCUGAGGACAAAAACAAAGGCCAGCAGAGCCAACCAAGACCCCUACACAAUCCCCUUCCCUUCUCACGACUUGUCUUUUAACAUCAAUCCCUUCCCUACUAACCCCGAGUAUGCCGCGGGUAAUCGGCUCCCCUCCCACUAACAUUUACACACAAGAUCCUCUGUAAUUACGCUUAGCUUUAAGAAAAUUUAAUUACAAAAGCCGACUCGGUCCUAACCUGGUCCCAGUACCGAAAAGGACCUAAUAAAAAUAAUUCUAUAAAAAAUGUGGAGUACCAAAACUGCUUAUCCCCACGCUUCUUCCUCCCUGUAGAUUCAGAAUUGUGUUAUUCUUAACCUUUACCAAACUUAACCGACUUCAACGAAUCAUCUCUGCGGUAAACUAUACGCAGUAGGUCUGGUCGCUUUAACGUUUGUGAUGUUUUAAGGUCGUAGAUAGUGUCAUUCACUUUUAGAGCAAUGACUGUCAACGAUGACUCUGAAUUCAGGGUCCAGAAAUAAUAAAUUAAUCACGAUAUGUAAAUGCAGUUCCAAUCUACACAAAGAAAGAUUGACUGCACUAGUGUUUGAUUAGUUGAGAAAGUUUGUAUGGAUAAUUGGGUACUAAAGCCCUAUGUCAACUUUUAUGUACAACGGUAAAAACACGAUUUAAAAACUAUUUCUGAUCACUUCUUUUCAUUUUAAUGCAAAAUUUAUUUUUGAUAAGACAACAUUUUUUCGAUGCAUCAACUACAGUAUGUAAAAAAAGUAUUUACACCCCUUGGGCACUAUGCACAUUUUGUGAUGAAACAUGUAAAAAAUUUAAAGUUUGACAGGAACCUAGUACUACGUUUUGUUCAGAAACUCAUGCCAAACAUUUUGCUUCAAAAAGCUCAUGAAAAGAUGAUUUCUAUAAAAAGUUAUAUAACAAAUACUAUUACGAAAAUAAAAAAAGGUGCAAAAAAAGUUUGUACACCUUUCGAAAAAUUUACAUAAAUAAUGUUAUUUGUUGACAAAUAACCAUAAUUCCAGUCUCCCAACUCCAAAUAGGCACCCUUGACUGAUUAAAAAAAUGAUUUGGAUUGAAUAUAAAGUUUACUAACUACUUAGUAUAAAAGUUUAUAUAACUCUGGAAAUUCUAUAUAAAACUUGUCUUAACUUAAUUUUGAAAUCUUCUAAUUCAACUAAAUGUCAAUAUAUUACCAUAGAAUUGCAAAAUAAACAUUUGGGAGUGGGUAUAACACCGUUUUGGGGGUCUUUGUAUCGCUAGAAUAGAUUUUUCGUUGGAAUUUCGUACCAACCCGGAAUUACGUCGUCGGAAAAUCCGCCGGCAUCCGAACCGGUCCACAAUUCACAAGUCAACCUAUGUGAAAUCGGAAAGGGCAUAAAAUUUCCGAUCUUUUGAUACCAAAACAUCUAGGUUUUCUUAAAAACCUACGUUUUUAAAUACCUGGGCAAAAAGUAAGUUUGAUCCACGAGAACAAAAAUUACGAAAUUCCAUACAUUUUUGGCAUGUUGCUCAAACGAAACCAUAACAACGUUUUUGCUUAGGUAUUUAAAAACGUGGGUUUUAUAGAAAACCUGGAUGUAUGGGUAUCAAAAGAUCGGAAAUUUUAUGCCCUUUCUGAUGCCAAUAGUAUUUGUUAUAUAACUUUUUAUAGAAAUCAUCUUUUCAUGAGCUUUUUGAAGCAAAAUGUCUGGCAUGAGUUUCUGAACAAAACGUAGUACUAGGUUUCUGUCAACAUUAAAUUGUUUAGAUGUUUCAUCACAAUAUGUACAUAGUGCCCAAGGUGUGUAAAUACUUUUUUUACAUACUGUAUAUGUCCCUUGGAACGAGCUGUCAAGUAGGAACUUUUCUGUCAAGAAGGACCACGAGGUUAAUUUUUCCAAAUUGAUUUAAAAAUCCAUUUUAAGCUCUUUGUGGUCGUACAAAGGGUCAUUGUACUCAGAAAAAUAAGCUUUAUCGCUGUAAACAAUAAUAUCAGCAAUCUAAGCUUCAUUUUAGGACCCAAUUAAGGCCGUUUGUCGCUCUUGCAUACAAUCAAUACACAAAUUGCAUGAAAUAUGUUCUUGGAGCGAAAUUUGACUAUAAUGGAACCAAUUUUUUCGGUGCAUGAUUCGAUUAUUCCGAAGUACUUCAGAUAAUCCUUCAGAUAAUCAAACUAUGGAUAAUCAAAACGCGUCUGCACUGUAUCUGUUUGCCGAACUGGAGUGCAUUGACCUCGAGUCAAAAAAGUGCUUUUGUCAAACAUCUUUCAGCUGCUGAGAUUCUCCCUUCUUCUGUGGAUGACAUAAUUGAGAAAGAUGAAAUAUAUAAUAUCUAGUAUGUAAGAAAAUUGUAAGUAGUCUACAUAAGCUUGACGAAUAAACAAUAAACAAUGUUAACUUAUGGUACUGGUACAGAGAUGGAACAUUUACCGUUUUCUGUUGUAUUAAUCUCAAUUUGAAAAUAGUGAAAGGACAACAUUAAUUUUAAGAAUUUUUCAGACACUGGGACAGAUAUUGCGUUCAAUUAUUUUAUUCAUCAGCAUUCGGUGAGAGUCGAACGACAGCAAACUGCGUUCUCUGAAAUUUAAACCGGUUUGCUCUGUCCUCCUCGAUCGAUGUACGAGAUGAGAGCGCUGCCAUUGACAGAACGGAAAAGAGGGAUUUUCAUUUUAAACUUUCGAAUAAAGCUGCUUCUGCAAGGUCUAGACAUUAAUAUCAUUGGCCUUAAUCCCGAUUCAAUUUUUCGAUAGCGGAAAGUAGAACACCGGAAACAAAGAAUAUUUUUAUCGGUGCAAUGUGUUAUCCGAGUUUGACCGAUGUUUGACCGAGCCACGUAGCCUAGUGGUAACGCUUCCGCCUCGUAAGCGGUAGAUCGGGGUUCAAAUCCCGGCUCGGACCAACACAACUGGUGAUCUUUUCCCUUCUGGAAUCGAUUGCUUAGUAAAGGGAAGGUAGUGUAUAGUCACAAACUGGACCUUAUCACGACACCUUAGGGAGGCGACCUAUGGAAUGUUAACAUUAACCGUAACAUGUUAACAUUAAGUUGAGAAUGAAACUGCCACUGAAUCCGCUUUGUAAAUGCCGGCCCCGAUACUCUUCAAGGGUGUUCCCCUCAGGAAUUGGGAAAGAUUUACUUUUUUUACAAUGUGUUAUCGGUCACUGUCGGUUCAUUUCUCGAAUAACAGUGAAGUAUUAAUAUACUUUCCUUGACUGAACAUCGUUUCAUGAUUCAAAUCACUCAUACUUUUGUCACAAGUGUCUGUUUUUCAGUGAAUGGUUCGAUUCACGCCAGCCAAAGUUUCGCUACUUUCCAUGGUGGCUUGGCACCAGCAGACGAAGUAAGCUGUGACGAUUCUGGCAUAUUACGCAAAACCAGAGUCGAUGCACUCUGCGAUCGAGUUUGGUCGCCGUCGCCGUUAGCCAGUUUCGUGGUCGAAGGCUGCUGCUGCUGGUGGCAUAAAACCGUUUUAAAUUCGUGGCAGGCCCCUCACCAGCAGCGUCGUCGUUUGCUGCGAGCCGCCACCGAACUCUUGCAUAUGGCUUGUUCGGAGCAAUUUUUUGAACUUUUAGCGAAAACAACCUCAAAAACCGGCUUUAUUUUGUAGCUUCUGGGUGGAUGAGUGAUUCAUACGGUCGCUUAAAGGUGGCCAUUAUUUUUAUUUUUUUAUUCAUCUUUACUCGUGCUCAAGCACCACACAUCGACAUUUUUAAAUUUAUACCAAAAUAUUAUGGAAAAAUAACAUAGCGAUGGAAGUUACUUGCACGGUUUAUCGAAGGGCACGCGAGUGUAUUUGUGUAAUGUGGCCGGUUGUCUUGCUGCUCGCUUGCACCUUGGUAUUCGUGUCGUGUAUCGGUGAAAUUCGGUAUACACCGUAUACGGCAAUGAAUUGAAGGCAGUAUGCUGUUGAACACGAAUACCAGUCCGAGGGGUUGUUUUUUUAUUUCUCUUCCUUUCUUUGAAAAAGAGGAACAACAAAAACAUCCCAAACUCUAACACGCAAUAAGCGAACGUUGUACGUGCUGCUGGUCGUGUUUUGAAAAUGUUGAGCUUUGGGUAGGAUGAAUUGCAUACAGUUUGAAAUUUUACCUAUCCAAUACAAUACCUGAAUGAAACAAUAGACAAACAUUCUCUUAUGCAUUGUCGUUUAUGUGUGGAUCAAUCGGUCUUGAUUUAACAAUUCAGAGAUUACCGGCUCGAAUCCCUUGAAACUUGAGUGAUCAAUCCUUUAGCAUGAGUUUUUUUUCAAGCAGUUGCAUCGUUCCGUUUUUGACAAAUAUGUGUACUAUAGACAACCAUAAGAACUAAAACCACACCAGUAGAGACUCUCUUAUUAGGCUAGUUGAUCUUAGAAUCCAGAAGAUCUUUGGAUAACCCGACAUGUAAACCCACGUAUCCAUCGUAUACCAUCAUUCCGCCAAGUAACCGGUAGAACAGGAGUUAAAUUUCCGGCUCGUACUAACAAAACAGGGGAUCUAGAGAGGGAAGUUAGAGCAUCAUCAAAGUUUGGACCUUAUCUGGACACCCUUAGGAAGACAAUCCAUGGAGUGUUAACAUGUUAUUUGAUAAUUAUCACUGCAUUCACUUCAUAAAUGCCGGCCCGAUACUCUUCAAGUAUGUUCCCUUCAGGAACCGGGAAAGGUUUACGUAACUAUUGAUCAAUAUUUGAAAAUAUUUUACUGUUGAGCUGUUUGACGUCUGAGUUAUGAAUGCUGGGAGUUGAUAAAUGAAUCCAGAACAUUAGGUGCCGAGAACAGGUUAGGACCGGGGAUUAAAAAAGUUACAUAAAUAAUAAUAAUAUCAUAUUGACAGGGUCAGUACGUAUUAUACUUUCAUACCAAGUAGUUCUAGAACAUUUAAAAAUGAAAUGCUCGUGCAAGGCCCUAGAAUGAGAUCAUAUCUAGAGUAAAUUUUCAAAAGGUCCUAUGUGCAAAAUCCUCAUUCUGAGAAAUUUCAUGUUGAAGUUUUGUGUGAGAUUUUUAAAUCCUAUUUAAACACGUUUGAGUAUUUUUGAAUUCUAAAAACGCCAAAGUGGACCUAGAUCGAUGCUUUUUAUGUGCACUUAACGGGAAUUAUCAAAAGUCUAGUUUAAACUGAUUUCUAAAGCAAUUUGUUUCAUACGACCUGUGAGUGCACAUAGGACACGAUUCAUAGGACAAAUUUUACACAUAGGACUUAGCACAUUGGACCUAAUUCGUGUAACAUUGCACAUAAGACUUUUCCAAAUUAAAUUCAAAUCCUGAUUAAAAUAAAACAACUUUUUUAUUAUAAUUAUGUUUACCCCACCCUCGCGCAACGUGUUGUCAUCAGCUGAUCGAGAGUAUGAAAUGUUUCAAUGCUUCCAGAGCGGGAGAGAGAAACCGUUAUGAGAAUAUGUUGACCAAUCAGCGCUUCCGUCGGCAUCUGUCAGAUAGGUGCUGGAAAAUCGACCUAUCCGACAAUGUAAAUAAUAUUUUGCAGAGUACGCAUAGAACUUGUGAUGUUUUGACAAUUUUCGGUUGGUUUUUUGCUUUUUUCGCGUUUUUUAGUGUUUUUAUUCUUGUCAGACGAUGACGACUGCUGAAUCUCCUCUCGCAAACAAACCCACAUUCAGCUUAUCAAUCCCGUGUUCCUUCGUAGUUCGGCCCCUCGUGUGACAUGAUUGGAAUUCCGUUCCAUCUACGACCACCCCCGGGACGCACCCUCCACUCGCUGGUCCUCGCAAAGGUCCUCGCCUCAACGAAGCCGGCCGAUUUAUCCGGGACGCAGGACAAGAGCACCCGGCAAAAGAUCAAUUUCCACGAGCUUAAACAUCCGAGCAAGGUUCCCCAGCGUCCAAACAAAUCUACGAUUGACGGCCAGUCGACACCAACCCGCAUCCCGGUGGACGCCCAAACGGUGCAGCUGCUGGAGCGGUUAAGCCUGGUGGAUCUGGACAGCGCCGAGGCCCACCGGACGCUCGAGGACGCGUUCGAGUUUGUGUCGCAGAUUCUGUCCGUGGACACCGACGGCGUAGAACCGCUGAACACGGUACUGGAGCGCGAGCGGUUGACGCUGCGCGAGGACCGCGUGUCCGACGGGAAAAUCCAGCAGGAUGUGAUGAGGAAUGCAUGCGUUACCGAGGAGGAGAACUUUGUGGCGCCACCGGGAAAUAUUCCGCUCGAGCAGGAACCAAGGAAGUGAGCGGGGUAUGGUUGGUGGGAAGGGGAUUGUGGGCUUCCGGCAGCUGCUGGAAGCUUGUAGGGAUAAUCAAUUUGUAGCGUUAGGUUUGGGGGUAAUGUUGUGGACGGUUUUAAGCUGAGCACGAUUGGACGAAUGUUGCGCAAUAAUCUGAGAGAUGAGUUUAGACGAGGGGAAGCUGGAACAGCGGUGUACGAAAGAAGUUCUGGGAUUCCGAUGCGGGAGAACCUGAGCUUUGUAAAGGAAACCUUUGAUCCGAAUGUACCGUUUGGAGUUACAAUAGAGGAGCGAUUUGCGAACGGGAAGGUACCCUUGAAUGAUUCCUUGACCCUUAAUCUGGACCAAGGUCACACGCUCUCCUGCCGAUACCUGAUCAACCCGACGACCUCCAUGUACCUUCAUGUACAAGGUCCAACGUCAGCGCAAGAUUUGGUGGAUGCGAUACGCGUGCGUUCCGGGCCGGUUCUUCAUUUCGGACCCCCACCAGGACGCGGACACGCGCGUUCAAUCCGUGGCCAUCAAGAGUCGCCUUGGCGGAGAGGAACUCACGCUGGAACUCUUUCCGGCGGACGCCUCCGCCCUCGAAUCAAGGUGGGCCGAACCAGCAGUAAAAGGAUUCGACCCAGUAUGCUGCGGCUGCGUCAGUGCGUCGAAGUGGCCACGCUGCAGAUCGUGCUGGAUGCGUUUGAAAGUGGCG